AUGGCUGAACCAGAACUCACCCUGGCUGUCUUGCGGAUGCAGGCAGAGUUCUGGGCUGAGGGCCGGGCAGAGGGACAGCAGCGGGGUCUGCGGGCGGUCGGGGCUCCGGCCGGGGCGGCGGCACCAUCUUGUGCCCGGGGCCGGUGGGGAGGCCGGGGAGGGGGCCCCGGGGGUCGCAGGAACGGCUUGGAGUCUGAGGAACUGGAGCCUGAGGAGCUGCUGCUAGAGCCCGAGCCUGAAGAGGAGCCGCCCGGCCCCGUGCCCCCCGCCCCGGGAGCUCCGGGCCCUGGGCCUGGCUCGGGAGCCCCCGGCAGCCAGGAGGAGGAGGAGGAGCCGGGACUGGUCGAGGGUGACCCGGGGGACGGCACCACUGAGGACCUGGAGCUGGAAGCGAUCAAAGCUGGAGUCAGGGAGAGGGAGGAAGAAGCUGAGAAGCUAAAGGAGCUACAGAACGAGGUAGAGAAGAAGAUGAAUAUGAGUCCACUUCCAGGCAAUGCUGGCCCGGUGAUCAUGUCCAUUGAGGAGAAGAUGGAGGCAGAUGCCCGUUCCAUCUAUGUUGGCAAUGUGGACUAUGGUGCAACAGCAGAAGAGCUGGAAGCACACUUUAAUGGCUGUGGUUCAGUCAACCGUGUUACUAUACUAUGUGACUAAUUUAGUGGCCAUCCCAAAGGGUUUGCAUAUAUAGAGUUCUCAGACAAAGAGUCAGUGAGGACUUCCUUGGCCUUAGAUGAGUCCUUAUUUAGAGGAAGACAAAUCAAGGUGAUCCCAAAACGAACCAACAGACCAGGCAUCAGCACAACAGACUGGAGGUUUCCCGCGAGCCCGAUACUGUGCCCAGACCACCAACUACAACAGUUCCCGCUCUCGAUUCUACAUUGGUUUUAACAGCAGGCCCCAGGGUCGUGUCUACAGGGGCCGGGCUAGAGCAACAUCAUGGUAUUCCCCCCACUAAAAAAAGUGUAUAUUAGGAGGAGAGAGAGGAAAAAAAGAGGAAAGAAGGAGAAAAAAAAAAAGAAUUAAAAGAAAAGAAAAAACAGAAGAUGACCUUGAUGGAAAAAAAUAUUAAAAAAAAAAAAAAAGAUAUACUGUGGAAGGGGGGAGAAUCCCAUAACUAACUGCUGAGGAGGGACCUGCUUUGGGGAGUAAGGGAAGGCCCAGGGAGUGGGGCAGGGGGCUGCUCAUUCACUCUGGGGAUUCGCCAUGGACACGUCUCAACCGCGCAAGCUGCUCCCCCUGUUUCCCUGUCCCCCUUUGCUCCCUUGCGGGCUGCUCAAGGGUAGGUGGGCAUGGGUGGUAGGAGGGGUUUUUUUACCCAGGGCUCUGCAAGGACACCAAACUGUUCUGCUUGUUACCUUCCCUCCAUCUUCUCCCUAGCUUUCACAGUCCCCUCCUGCCUGUUCCUGUCCUGCCAGGUCUACCACCCACCCCACCCCUCUUUUCUGGCUCCCUGCCCCUCCAGAUUGCCUGGUGAUCUAUUUUGUUUCCUUUUGUGUUUCUUUUUCUGUUUUGAGUGUCUUUCUUUGCAGGUUUCUGUAGCCGGAAGAUCUCUGAUCUGCUCCCAGCAGCUCCAGUGUAAAUUCUCCUUUCCCCUGGGGAAAUGCACUACCUUGUUUUGGGGGAUUUGGGGGUGUUUUUUGUUUUUCAGUUUUUUGUUUUGUUUUCCUUUACCUUUUUUUCCCUUUUAUUUGGAGGGAAUGGGAGGAAGUGGGGACAGGGAGGUGGGAGGUGGAUUUUGUUUAUUUUUUUAGCUCAUUUCCAGGGGGUGGGAGU